CCUGUUCCUGGUGUUAACGACGAUGAAAGACCCCCAACAGAUCUUAUUUUUGAUCCGGCACGGCCUCAUGCGGCUGGCGGUUUGGGUGCUGUGGCGGGCGGUACCGUGCUCUCAGAGAUGCUAGUAAAUAUGCAAUUGAAUGGCUGGGCAGUACUCCAGCUCCAGACACCCUUCUCCGACACGCACGAGCGUUUGAAAAUAGACUCCAAGUAUGGCUACGUGAAGAUUUUCCUGGCAUAUCUCGAUGCGUUCAAUUAUCAAACAAGGACACACUAACGCC